AGCCCUGGCUAUCUCACGUUUUUAAUUUUCUCAUUUUUUUGUUGUAGCAUAAACAAUCAGAAAUGACGGAAAUAGGCAAGCCUAAUAUAUUAAUAACAGGCACACCCGGAGCCGGUAAAUCAUAUUUGUGCCAACGUCUGGCCGAGCAAUUGAAGUUUACUUGGUUGGAUUGUUCGAAAAUUGCAAAGGAAAAGAAUUUCAUUGAGGAAUAUGAUGAAGAAUACGACUGCCCCAUACUUGAUGAGGAUAAGCUCAUGGACUAUCUGGAGCCGCUGAUGACAAAGGGCGGCAACAUUGUCGAAUAUCAUGGCUGUGAUUUCUUUCCCGAGCGUUGGUUCCAUGCCGUCUUCGUUGUUAGCUGUCCCAAUAAAACGUUAUACGACAGGCUCAAGGAGCGCAACUACAAUGAGAAGAAGCUAACGUCCAAUAUACAAUGUGAAAUAUUUGGCACAAUCUUGGAAGAAGCGCGAGAAUCGUACAAAUCGGGCAUUGUGUACGAGCUCAAGGGAGAAACCAAAGCAGAUGGCGAGCGGAGCAUAAAAACGGUUAGGAAUUGGUAUAACACGUGGAAGCGCAAGUAAAUACGAGGUGUUAAAUACUAAAAAUC